AUGUAUGCAGAAACCUAAGAAAGGUAUAAAGAAAAAGAUAGCCAGGUAAAUUAGUGCACAAAUACUAUUAUUUAGCUACAAAGUGAAGUGAAAGUUUUAAAUGAUUAGCUUAAAUAAACAGAAGAUAAGUUAAAAGAAACCAAUUAAGCAUAUCAAAUAGAGAUAAGUUCUCUCAAGUUAGGUACUGAAAAAAAUUAGCUAUAGAGAAUUCAAGAAUACAAUUUCGAAGACGUUUUAUUGGCUAAUAUUGGAGUUGAUACAUCUGACUUAUGUUAAAAAUAGUCUUUUGGAACUGACACAUGUGAUUUAGUUGAAAAAUAAGAUAAAUGCAUAAAUGUAAAUAUAUAAAAGCAAAUGAAAUAUUAGUCAACUCAAACAGUUUGCACUACAGAAAGUAAAGCACAGCAAGUUAAUAUAAGGACCAUCAUAAAUGAAAAUAAG